AUGGGCGUAGAACACCCCCUGGGCAACCUGCCAAACUGUCCUGCCCUAAGGCCGCCCCCUGCACACUCCGUGGCAGCCGCCACUUAUCACCACUUGACCUACUCCACCUGCACGCCUCCACGCCUCCACCUGCCCCUUCCUACACCAGUCCCACGGCCCCAGCCUGCACCACAAGACCUCAGGCCACACCCCACUGCCCUACACGCCCUACUGCACCCCUACAUACUGCCGCCAGGCACACCGCUGCUGCACCCCAUCCACCAACAGCCCAGCCUGACACCUGUGUCCCCUCAUAGGCUCCUCCUCCAGCCUCUCCAUCAGCCCGUUGCCUCCCCCCACCCCACUCCCCGCCCAUCCCAGCACCCCACGCCCCGCCGCCACCACCCUGCCUCCACGCCUCCACGCCCAUAG